AUGCGCCUUAUUUUUCUCAAUCAACCGAUCACCCUGGUUCUCGAUUCUCAGGGUCUUUAUGAUCGAAUGAAGCAUCUGCUCAACAAAGACGCCACGGCAUCCCCCUUACUCGAGCGAUUCAAAUAUUCCGUUGUACAAAUGGAUCAAGACAUGACUGGUUACUCUGUGAUCUAUAAUCGCCUUCAAGAAGUCAGCGAGAUUCUUAAAAAAACAAUCAAUACAAGCCUCGAGACUAUUACCCCUGUCCUCAAACAGUCCUUACUUAUGGCCGUAAUUGCCACUUGGAGCAAAAUACCUUGCAAGCGUCUUCAUGUGGCUGCCAAAAGAGUGGUAGACGCUGGUUGCUAUGACGUUCUUUCACCUUGGGUAAAUGCUCGUUUUUUAGACAUUGUUCUUUCUGAAUUACUUCAGAGAGGUUUUCGGGUCGGAUUUCAUUAUAAUUCUCCCAUGAACAACUUUUUAUUCGUCUUAAAAAUGUUGGCUAAGUUAUUUUUAGAUCCUUAUGUCAUCUAUAUUUGCACAGUUUCUUCAAAAUUCUUUUACUUUCUUGUUAUCGCCUUACUUAUUGAAUUAUGA